AGGUAACGUGUGUAAAAGACUACUCGAAAACAAAGCGUUUGAUAAUACACUAUCGCUGGACUUGUGACACAAGUUCUAAAAAACAUUGUUGUCAUCGUAGAGAAAGGAAACAACACAGCAUACGAUGACAGAAUUUAUACCAGACACCCUGCAGACCCAGGAGUCCCAGCUGGCCUGCUGUGAAGAGUCAACCAUGCGAACGCACGCAUCUCUCGUAGACUCCAGCUCCCCAUCUCCAGCUCACAUCCAGGACAGCCCACAGGCUCUUCUCUUGGCUCAAGAGUCCCCUGAGGUGAACCUGGAUGAUGCAUGUCAUGAUCAGGACAAAGAGGACGUAGUUCCAGCUGUCGUUGUCACAAAGACCAGUGAGACAUCAGAGCUGAGCAGAGGCCCUGGGACAGCACAGGACGAGCGAGCAGAGACCGAGUCUCCGUGUGGUCACUCCAGUGUUGACCAGCACUGCAGUGAUGCAGCAUAUCUCAACUGCUCAGACCUCCAGUCCCUGCGCAGCGAUACGUUGUCCUUGGCCAGUGAGGCUGCUAUCUCAGCAAAGAGUGAUGAACAGGAGGAUGAUAUCCAGAGUGUCACUGCAUCUUCCAUCACAUCUCUGUUCCACCGUCUUCAGAUGGAUCCUUUGGAGAGGGAUUGGCAGCGCUGUGCAGCUCUGGGAAACACUCCUGCCCUCCACCAGCUCCUGGAGCAGGACCCAACGCUGGCCUCUAGAAAGACAGCGCUCCACUGGGCAGCCAAGCAGGGCCGUCUGGAGACAGUGGACAUGAUGGCCAGGGCCGGCGCGGACGUCAACCUGAGAUCGGGUUACACUGCACUCCACUUGGCUGCCCUGCAUGGACACCCACACAUCGUCCAGCUCCUCAUCAAUAGCUACAAUGCCAAGGCCAACAUCAGAGACUACCAUGGGAAAAUGGCGGUGCAUUACUGGACUGGCAGCACAGAUGUCUUCAAUAAGCCAGGCUCUCAGUCAGGUGGGAAGUGGUCAAGGGGCCGGCGAGGCCAGAGAUACACACACUUCUCCUCUCUGCUGCUGUCCCGCUCCCGCAGCCAAGGCCACCUGAACAUGGAGCUGGACGCCCAGCCGCUGUAGCUGAAGGGGAGCCCCCGUCCUGAGGCUGCCCACUCACACGUCCACUCAGGGAACUCACCCGGGAGCUGAGGGCCUUCCCAUCAUACUGGUCUUUCUCACGUCACGCCACAACAAAAACCAGACAUCUCAUGUUUAACUUCAGUGAAGCUCAGACCUCUAUUAUGGCAUGUAUUAAAAAAGUAAAACAGGUUUUGGGGAAACGUUAUGAAUAUAACCUUGGUUCUCUGAAGGAGAACAGGAGACGUUAGCCAAUGGGAAGUCAUCACAGCAUGACUUCAUUGAUCUGAACCAAUG